CACCUCCUAUCAAAGGAAAAAGGAAACAGUCAGAGGAGGGUGACCCCCUACACCCUCCUGUGUCCCCUCAACCCGAUGGUGAGCAGAGCAGGAGCCAGAGCCCUGUCCAGCUGGAGGUUUUAACAGCUUGCCUGGAACUCCGAGAAGAGGACAGAAGAGCACAUUCACUUGAAGAGCGGUGGUCAGAGCGCCAUCUUUCUAAGGCUGCAUAGAACAGCUGCCUCGGUCUCCGUGUGUUCCGAUUUCAUAGGUAACAUGACUCCCCCGAGGCAGGCAGGGAGCGGGAGGAGGCGCAGGAGCGGGAGGAGGAGCAGGCCUUCCUGGUCAGCCUCUACAAGUUCAUGAAGGAGCGACACACGCCCAUCGAGAGGGUGCCCCAUCUCGGCUUCAAGCAGAUUAACCUGUGGAAGAUCUACAAGGCAGUGGAGAAGCUAGGGGCCUAUGAGCUGGUGACCGGCCGCCGCCUCUGGAAGAACGUGUAUGACGAGCUGGGGGGCAGCCCGGGCAGCACCAGCGCCGCCACAUGCACACGCCGCCACUACGAGAGGUUGGUCCUCCCAUACGUACGGCACCUGAAGGGCGAGGAUGACAAGCCACUGCCUCCCUCCAAGCCCAGAAAGCAGUACAAGAUGGCCAAGGAGCCUCGGGGAGAUGACAGGGCCACUGAGAGGCCGAAGAAGGCCAAGGAAGAGAAGCAGGUGGACCAGAUGAUGCCAAGAAAGACCAAAACAGACACUCCUGACCUGGCCAGGCUUCCCAGCCAGGAGUCCUCCAGAGACAGCACAGAACAGCCAGGCCAAGCCCCCGGGCCCUCUCUGCCCUCCGUGGGUGCCAGCGGGUGCCCUGAGGCCUACAGGCGGCUCCUGUCCAACUUCUACUGCAAAGGGACACAUGGUAUCAUGUCACCACUGGCCAAAAAGAAGCUCCUGGCCCAGGUGAGCAAGGUGGAGGCCUUGCAGUGCCAGGAGGAGGGCUGUCACCAUGGGGCAGGUGGCCCUAACAGGGAGCCUCCGGUAUCCCCAGCUGUUCAGCCCCUGGAGAGUCCCCGGAGCCCAGGAGGGCUGGCUGAGAACUCCAGGCACCAGCUGACACCUCAGGAGGGAACGCAGGCCCCUGGUGGCAGCCUCGGGGAGGAGGCUCAGGCCGGCCCUCGCCCGUCAGCCCCCAUCUUCACUGGCUGUUUCCACGCCUACCCCACCGAGGUGCUGAAGCCUGUCAGCCAGCACCCCCGGGACUUCUUCCCCAGUCUUAAAGAUGGGGUGUUAUUGGGGCCGCUUGGCAAAGAGGAGGGGCUGCCAGCCAAAGAGCCCCAGUUGGUGUGGGGCGGGGAUGCCGAUCGCCCCUCUGCAUUCCACAAGGGUGGCUCCCAAAAGGGCAGCCUCUACCCCAAGCCCAAAGCCUGCUGGGUGUCCCCCAUGGCCAAGGUCCCUGCCGAGAGCCCUGUGCCCCUGCCCACCUUUACAAGCAGCCCAGGCCUGGGCAACAAGCGCAGCCUCGAGGAAGAGGGCUUGGCCCAUGGUGGCAAAAAACUGCGGGCAGUGUCUCCCUUUCUUAAGGAGGUGGAUGCCAAGGAGUGUGGGGCUAAGUCUCUGGGGCCUGGCUUGGCCGUCUCCUGCCUGCUGGGCCCGGCCCUGGGGCCUGCCCUUCCAGAGGCCUACAGGGGCACCAUGCUGCGCUGCCCGCUGAACUUUGCUGGCACCCCGGACCCCUUAAAGGGCCAGGCCACACUCCCCUUCAGCCCCCUGGUCAUCCCGGCCUUCCCGGCCCACCUUCUGGCCACUACAGCGCCCUCACCCAUGGCUGCUGGCCUGAUGCACUUCCCCCCAGCAUCCUUCGACAGUGCCCUCCGCCACAGACUUUGCCCGGCCUCGUCUCCGUGGCACGUGCCGCCUGCCACAACCUAUGCAGCGCCCCAUUUCUCUUUCCACCUCAACACCAAGCUGUAGGUUUGAGUCCGCAGUGCUGUGUGGUGCUGUGCAGGGUCUGACAUGGCCCGGGAUGGGUGGGCACUGCCUGCGGGCUCUGAGCUGGAGCCCACUCCUCAGGAGAGCUCAGCUGUGCUCGAUUCAGGAUCGUGCCCCUGGCUGGGCACAAAGAGAGGCCGCGGACAAAUGGUUU